UGGUGGUUCCACAGGGCAGACCCCGCUGCACUCACAGGGAGGAGGCGGCGGCAGCGGCGGAGGAAGGCGGCGCACCCCGAGAGGCAUGCCCAAAGAAAAAUACGAGCCCCCUGACCCUCGGAGGAUGUACACAAUUAUGUCUUCUGAGGAAGCAGCAAAUGGAAAGAAGUCACAUUGGGCAGAGCUUGAAAUAAGCGGAAAAGUAAGAAGCUUAAGCUCAUCUUUAUGGUCACUAACUCACUUGACAGCUUUGCAUUUGAGUGACAAUUCCCUGUCCCGUAUUCCUUCGGACAUUGCCAAGCUUCACAAUCUGGUGUAUCUGGACCUGUCAUCUAAUAAAAUCCGUAGUUUACCGGCAGAACUCGGAAACAUGGUAUCACUCAGAGAACAGCACUGUUCAUUUAAUAUCCUAGCACUCUGGGAGGCCGAGGCGGGCGGAUUGUUUGAGCUCAGGACUCUUUCUUACUGGGGAAAUCCACUUACCCAGGAUAUAUUGAACCUCUAUCAGGAACCAGAUGGAACAAGAAGGCUACUGAACUAUUUGCUUGAUAAUUUGUCAGGUACUGCAAAAAGAAUUUCAACAGAACAACCACCUCCAAGAUCUUGGAUUAUGUUACAAGAACCAGACAGAACAAGGCCAACUGCCUUGUUUUCUGUCAUGUGCUAUAAUGUUCUUUGUGAUAAAUAUGCGACCCGGCAGUUAUAUGGCUACUGUCCAUCAUGGGCACUAAAUUGGGACUACAGAAAAAAGGCCAUUAUUCAAGAAAUCUUGAGCUGCAAUGCUGAUAUCAUAAGUCUUCAGGAGGUUGAAACGGAACAGUAUUACAGUUUUUUUCUGGUAGAACUGAAAGAACGUGGCUAUAAUGGAUUCUUUAGUCCUAAGUCCAGAGCCAGGACAAUGUCAGAACAAGAAAGAAAACAUGUUGAUGGCUGUGCAAUAUUCUUCAAGACAGAAAAAUUUACUUUGGUUCAGAAACACACUGUUGAAUUUAAUCAGCUAGCAAUGGCAAAUUCAGAAGGGUCUGAAGCUAUGCUGAACAGAGUCAUGACAAAAGAUAACAUUGGAGUUGCAGUACUGCUAGAACUUCGAAAGGAAUUGAUUGAAAUGUCAUCUGGAAAGCCACAUCUUGGAACAGAAAAACAACUUAUUCUUGUGGCUAAUGCUCACAUGCAUUGGGACCCUGAGUACUCUGAUGUGAAGUUGGUACAAACUAUGAUGUUCCUCUCAGAAGUGAAGAACAUUAUUGAUAAAGCUUCUCGAAACCUCAAAUCCAGUGUAUUGGGAGAAUUUGGAACUAUUCCACUUGUGUUAUGUGCAGAUCUUAAUUCUUUGCCGGACUCUGGUGUUGUAGAAUAUUUGAGCACUGGUGGAGUAGAAACAAAUCAUAAAGACUUCAAGGAACUGAGAUAUAAUGAAAGUCUCACAAAUUUCAGCUACAGUGGGAAGAAUGGAACAACCAACGGAAGGAUCACUCACGGUUUCAGGUUAAAGAGUGCCUAUGAGAGUGGCCUGAUGCCUUACACCAAUUACACAUUCGACUUCAAGGGUAUAAUUGACUACAUCUUCUAUUCCAAACCUCAGCUGAACACGUUAGGCAUCCUGGGACCUCUGGACCACCACUGGCUGAUUGAGAAUAACAUCAGCGGCUGCCCACAUCCACUCAUCCCCUCUGACCACUUCUCACUUUUUGCACAACUGGAGCUCUUACUGCCUUUCCUGCCCCAAGUUAAUGGCAUUCACCUUCCUGGUAGGAGGUAGUUAAGUACCUUCAGAGGACAACCUUGAUUUACUUGUAAACUCGUGAAAAUCUGAAUAUAGGGGAGUGAGGUAUGGCCACUAGGGAUUUUUUUUUCCUAAUGAUGAUUUGAAUUUUCAAUCUGAUUAUUCGAUAAGGAUACAGUAUGAAAGCCAGGUGCUAGCAACAGACAAAUUCUGAGCCCAAUAUGCUUUAUAUACUGUUAGACAGGGAUUGGUGUGUUUGCACCUAUCUUUAAUUUGUUACAAGAAAUUUUCCUGUUUCUUCAAUAUAAUAUUUUCAUGCCUUGAAAUAGGAAAAUGUUUGAACAGCAUAUUCUCUUUGCACAGAGAUCUGUAGCACUACUUUUUUGAGGCCAGUAGCAACAUCCAGAGACCAUUCUUCCAUGCUUUACUCUCUCCU